UUGAAGAUGCAACUGAAUGUAUUGUGGAUACUGGUUGCCUUGCUUGUCUUGUCAACAGCAAGGUUUACAAAACGGAAGACACAUAAACAACUGGUAAAAGAUUGUACCGAAUAUGGCAAAGAACAAUUAACAAACUUUAAAAAGAAAAAUCAGGAAGGAGAAGAUAUAGAGGAACAUUCGUUUGAUUUACUGAGAUGGAGAAAGAAAGAGUCCAGUGAACUAGAGUAUGCAGCUAUACUCACUUUAGAGGCCACAAAGAAACUUAAAACAGACACUGGGAUGUGUUUAUCUGAACUUCAGAAUGACCCGGAGUUGUUAGAGAUCUGGCACAGUCUUGUCGACUGUAGAAAUUUCACGGGCACCUGUGACGUAGACUACCCAUACCGAUCUGCCGAUGGAUCUUGUAACAAUAUCAAUUAUCCUGAGUGGGGCAAGUCAUUUACACCCCAGGAACGAUUUAUACCUGCUCAUUAUGAAGAUGGUAUAGAUUAUCCACGUGAUUAUGACCUACCUAGCCCUCGAUUGAUCAGUAAUAAACUGUUCAAUGAUACUGGUGAAGCUAGUUACGACAGGAGAAAGACUGCAGAAAUGAUGGCAUGGGGACAACUCUUGGCUCACGACUUUGUACUAACACCAACAAUAGCAAAAGUGGACUGUUGUGAUGAAGCAAAUGAAGACAAUCCUGCUUGUUUCCCCAUUGAGGUACCAGAGGAUGAUGCACAUUUCUCGUCUACCUGUAUGAACUUUGUACGGUCGUCUCCAGCUACGAUAGGAUGUGUUCCAGCACAUAGGGAACAAGUAAAUGAAUUAACCUCGUAUAUUGAUGGUUCUAUGCUGUACGGAUCAACCAAGAAAGAGAUGGAUAGUCUACGAGAGUUUUCUGGAGGUCGAAUGAGGUGUACAGAUACGAAUCUGUUACCUGAAAAUUCUGCUGGAAUGUGUCUGAAGUUGAAUAAGAAUGAUAUCUGUCAAGCUGCUGGCGAUAGCAGAGUAGAUGUCGUGCCAAAUCUUGGAGGAAACCAUAUUUUAUUGAUGCGAGAACAUAACAGGAUAGCAGAUGAACUUGUAGUAGUAAAUCCCCAUUGGGAUGAUGAAAGAGUUUUUCAAGAAACACGAAAAAUUGUAGGUGCAAUGAUACAACACAUAUCUUAUAAUGAAUAUUUACCUGGUGUAAUUGGUCCUGAUGCUAUGACUUAUUACGACCUUGAGUUAUCACCAUGGGGAUAUGACGACCCUUACGAUCCAGAUCUAAAUCCAUCAGUUCGAAAUGCAUUUGCAGCUGCUGCGUUCCGGUUUGGACAUUCUCAAGUCAUGCCAGAACAAGCUUACCUGUUCCAUGAUUAUGUCUCGUUUGAACACUAUCCACUGGAAAAAGAGUUUAUGAAUACACACAUGAUACAAAAAAAUAAAGGAAAACAAGUACCAGCCUUGAUGAGAUGGUUGUCAUACGAUAAAGCCAUGGAUACUGAUAGAUUUUUCGUAAAAGAAAUAAGAGAUCUUCUGUUUCUGAAAAAUGGCAAGAGUUCCGAUCUUCCAGCGAUAAAUAUUCAGAGAGGAAGAGAUCAUGGCCUUCCAGCAUAUAAUGCUUUUAGAGAACAUUGUGGUCUAUCAACUGUUACACGAUGGAAUCCGAAUGCGGACGAGGGUUUGGCGGAUCAUAGAUGGAGUGUUACCCGGAUAUUGAAAGAUCUCUACCAGAAUGUGGCGGACAUUGAUUUGUUUGCAGGAGCGAUCACAGAAAAUAAAGUUCCAGGUGGACUUGUGGGACCUACAUUUGCUUGUCUAAUUGGAGAGCAAUUUGAAACAUUGAAAAAGGGUGAUCGAUUCUGGUACGAGACAUCAGAUUCAGAAAUUGGAUUCACUGAAGAUCAGUUGCAUUCAAUAAAGAGAAUGAAGCUAUCAAAGCUAUUCUGUGAGAACUUUGGAUUGCACCAAAUUCAAAGACGAAUUUUCAAUGUGGUAUCAGAAUGGAACGGACUAGAACUUUGUACAGAUUUACCCGAUAUCAACCUACAGCUAUGGCGCGAAAAUUAGUGAAAUAGGACAAUAUUCUGUAUAAUGUAUUUAGUGCUAUGCAAUAAUAACUUUUUUCUGUUCAUCUUCCACUCUAUUUAAGACUUUGAUAUCAAACAUCAAUGGUAUGUUAAGUAAAAUUAAACAUAACAUUGCU